CGCGUUGUCGGAUGCUGGUGGUGGCAAAGGAACAGUACCCGACUAGCAUCGAUUCCACUGACUUGAACGGAAUCAACGCUAGAACAUGGCGGGGGAUGAAGGAUCGCAUCCAACGAACGACGUUGGAAUUCCUUCCCAUGUCGUCACGGGCAACGGAGAGUCCUGCACCGACGGGGUACCGGCAGCGGAUAGUUCAGAAGUCAUCACCCCCGACACCGCUGCACCCACAAGUACCUCCGAAGGGGAUCUCCUUGACUUUGGCAACCAAGAGUUGGUCUUGGAGACUCAGCCUAGUCCCUCUGUUGCACCCAUCUCGAUCAACCCUUUGGUCGGUCACGAAGCCGAGUUCUUCUCUACCGACUCCUCCUAUCAGCCGCAAUCUUCGGAGCAUGAGUCUCCAGAAGACGAUCCUCUCAAGAUUUUGCUGAAUCACGACAAUGGGAUACAAGAAAAUCCGUCUGACCUGGAAACCAUGCCGACACAUCAGGAUAUUGUUCCGAGCGAGUUCUCCGACUUGUACGGUAGUUCAAUUCCUGAGCCGGGUACAGCUCACGUGACCGUAGAGGCACAUGUUGAACUUGAUCCAGGAACUGACACGAUGGAUUAUCCACCAAGUGAUCGAUCUAACCUUGCUGAGAACAACGAAGUGGAUAAGAGUACACCAAUAUCUUUGGGGUCAUUUGCGUUGGACCCCUCCAGUGAAUCUGGUAGAGUGAAUAUCGCUUCACAGGAAAAUGCAUCGGUUCAAGGUUCGAACAAUCUGAAAAGCACAGACGCAAUUGACGAUCCCGAGCAAAGAGAGGAUCCUAUAUCACCUCAAAAAGAAGGAUUGUUGAAGCAGUCAGCGAAUCCGAUUUCUGUGUCAGGCAACUGGGCCGCCGAAAUCAGCUGCUCGGCAGAACAAAACGACAAUUCUAGCAACAUGGAAAAAGAAUUACACGCCCUCUCUCAAUCUACUGAUGUCUUGGCUGAUCCGACGAAUGGCUGUUUCGGAGAACAACAAUUGCUUCAGACUUCCAUGUCAGAUGCCCCUUUCCCCUCAGAUAUCCAGAAUGCCAUAGAUACUCCACCAAUGUCUUCAAAAGUGAAUAAAGUCUCCACUGUCGAAUACGAAAACAAGAUAUUGUCGCUACAGUCUGAGGUGACAAAAGCUCACGCUGUCAUCGAGACGCUACAUCACACGCAAGUGAUGAAUACAUCGGCAGACAAGGUCGAUAUUUUAAUCGAACUCCAAUCAAAACUUCAGGAAGAAAUGAGCCUCAAGGCAGAGGCAGAAAACAGGGCGCGAUUGACGGAAUUGCAAAACAUCGAUUUGUUAGCCUCCAACGCAGCCAAUAUCGAAAAGCUCGAGGCACUCGAAAAAAAUUUACAAUUUCAAAUGAGCGCCAAAGCCGAAGCAGAAAACAAAGCCAGACUUGCGUUAGACCAAAUUGCAGCAUUGGAACUCACAAAUGAGGAGAGGAGUCGAGAAUUAGAGCGGUAUCGCGAUCUAGAAGUAAAUUUACAAAAACAGAUGGAGUCAAAGGGCGAAGCGGAAAAUAGUGCUCGUCUUGCGCUUGAACGAAUCGAUAAUCUCGAAAAGGAGAAAGAUCAACAACAAGAUGAGAUUAUCGCCUUGCGAAAUGACACUUCUUCCUUGAAAGAAGUCUGCACCGCUCAAGAGCAGGAACUUGAAAAGUUGAGAGAAGAACGCAAUGAACAACAUCGAAAAGAAAUGGCGUUGACCAAUCGUUUGAAUGGGGCGAAGAAGAAAGAAGCCGACAAAGCCAAUCUAGCCGAGCUGUAUGAAGAAGAUAUUCAAUCAUACGAAACACAGCUGGCCCAUUCCUAUCGUGAAAGGGAAGAGCUGACAGCAGCAAAUUCUGAUUUGAAAACAAAGCUUGACGACGUGGAAAAGACCCUAAUACAACGGGUUCGACUGGCAGAAUCAUCAUUGGCAGACGAACGUAGUCUAAACGAAGAGCGAAAACGAAAAAUGAAAGCAUUUGUCGAAACAAGAGCAGAGGAGCUACGACAGGCGAAGACAGAAAAUGAUCAAUUGCAGAAUGAAUUGAACGAUACAAACCGAUCUCUGGUUGAACUAAAUAACCGCUCGAAGCAACUACAUGCCCAAUGGGUUCAGGCGCAGACUCGUAACCGCGAGCUGCAGCGCGACGUAAAUAAGACCAAAAAAGAGUAUGAAAAUUUUCACAAAGUUGGAGGUACUCACGAAGUUAAGCCGUCGCGUUCAGUGAACGAAACUGACGAAAACAAGAAUAAACGUCUUGCAGCAAAACAUGAGCUUAUGAACGUUCUCCGCCAGUUAGAAAUCGAAAAAGACGCCGGAGCGAAGUUGCGUGAUAGCAUCAAGUUUACCUUCACUCCCAAAGCUCUUAGCCAACAGCAACUGCUCCGCGAGAGUUUGUCCGAUCUUGAGGCACAGCUGUCAAAAUUGUCUUUACGACUUGGAAAGCCCCUUCUCACGGCAACAACCACAGUAAUGGAGAGCAUUGGCGUAAGUGAGGGGCCUUAUGAAGACGUCAGAGACCCUCAACAUUUGGUCACAAAGCUUGACUUCGAAACCCAACGUGUUAGCAAGGGCAUCAUGGAUAUCUCUUCAGCAAUUGAACGGAUGCAAAUGACGUUAGACGCUAGCGGCGAUCGUUCAUGCUUUACAGCCUUCUCGGAGAUAUUAUCAAAUGGGAACUCUGCGAGGAAUACAUCAGUAAUUCCAGGAGCACAACGUCUUAAUUCGAUCCGGUCGCAUAGCUAUGGGCACGUUCCUCGGUCGGCGCUCAACUAGCUGAGUCCAGAAAUGGGCAAUCAAAACAAAUGGACUAACUUCAGGAA